CUCGGAAUCUGGUCCUCCACAGCAACUCCUCCUACAGUCCACAACUUGCCAUUUAGUCCUCGAAUUCGCCCCAGCACCAUCCAUGAUAACAACAAGUGUCCUUUAAGUCACUCAGGAAUUGUGGCCACAUCCAUGGUGUCCCUGGUCCCGAUCGCUCGGCCUCCAGUGCCUGCAGCAGCACCGAAACCAAGCAAACCGCUUCUGCGUCGAGCAACAUUAUCUGGCACGAUCCGUAAAGCUGAAGAUGCAGAGUUAGACUCGGACUUCUUGUCUGCGCCGCCGAGUCCAAGCAAGAGAGCCCGAGUUUCCUUCAACCCCAAUGUCGAGGAGAAAGUCGUGGAGCCAUACCAAGUCAAGGGCAGGAGUCUAGAGUCGGUGAGACUAGAAGUCAGGAGCUCGAUCGAGGCACAUCUGAAGGGGGACAGCGAAGGGUAUGAUGUUAUCAAGGAGGUGUUCUCGCCCCACAGAGAAGACGAUGAGGAUGAGGAUAGCGAAGGAGAUAAGAGGGUAGAUAUGAAGACGUAUUUGCUUGCGCUUACAAGCUAUGCGUCUUUAUUGAAUAAAGGUUGCUCGGGACUGGUUAAGGCAAUUCUAGCUUGCGAGUGGAUGGGCAGAGACGAAAGCUUUGUCAAAGCCUAUGUGCAUUUUCUUGGGAGUUUGACAAGUGCGCAUGGCGCGUAUGUGGGGAUGGUGCUUGGAAUGUUGGUGGGUCAAUUUUACGGGGUCCGAUUAUCCAGUGGCCGUCUAGCAGGUUGUCCUGAUCUCAACCGGGACCAGCUUUCCUCCAGGGUCCAUGUGGCACUUAAAUACUUGCUCCGACUCAUCCCAUCUGCCAGCAGCACACUUUCGCCAAUCCUUGCUGCUAAGUUCCCAUAUGCCGAGGAAUCCAAGAAACUCCAAAUCACAUAUAUUCAAAAUCUUCUCCGCCUCAGCGAAUACGCUCCAGAGCUGAAAUCUGAUAUCCUGGCCCUCAUCACUGACCGACUUGUCAAGAUCGAUGUACAAAUGCAAGUUGAUCUCGACGAUCUCGACGAUGAUGUGGCUGCUGCAAUCGUUCAGGCUAUUUCAUUAAACCCGUCUCGGCAACAAGAAGAUAAUGGUGGCGACUCUGAUAGCGAUGCAGAUUCCGUCACCAGCGACGAAGGUGUGAACAGUGAUACGAAACGAGUAAAGGAGCUUCAAGGCAAUGUGGAGAAGAUGGAUGCCAUACUUGACCUUCUCUUCACCAUUUACAGUCCCCAUUUUGAAGAUCCAAAUAGCGCGGAAGCCGCUUCAACGUUCGAGACUUUACUGGGCCAUUUCACGAACAUCAUACUUCCAACAUAUCGCUCUCGGCAUACGCAAUUUCUUCUCUUUCAUUUCGCACAAACGGCUGAACAUCUUGUGGACCAAUUUGCCGGGACUUGUGUUCAAUUGGCUUUCCAAUCUGGUCGGCCAGCAGUUCUGAAGCAAUCCUCUGCAGCAUAUCUAGCCAGUUUUGUCGCACGAGGAGCACACGUACAACCACAUGUUGUACGCACCGUUUUCGAGCUCAUUGGAAGUAAUCUUGAUCAUAUCCGCGCAGAGAACGAGGUUACCUGCCGUGGGCCGGACCUUAAGCGGUACAGCACAUUUUACGCUAUGACACAGGCAUUACUCUAUAUAUUCUGCUUCCGUUGGCGAGAUCUCAUCACCUCCUCAGAUAUCUCAGAAGAAGACGACCCUGCAGCGUUCGUUACUCAAGACUUGAACUGGACACCAGGAAUCAAGGAAACACUCUCCCGGACUAUAUACUCGAAACUCAACCCCCUCAAGAUCUGUUCUCCCCCCAUUGUUGCCGAAUUCGCCAAGAUCGCCCGUCACUUACGAUUCAUAUACGUGUACCCGCUUCUUGAGAGUAAUAAACGAGUACGCCUCAGUCAAUUCUCAUCAGGUCACGGAAAUGGUGCGCUGCGGGAUACUGGCAACGAAGGGAAUAGUGAGAGUUGGCAUCAACUGGACGCAUAUUUCCCUUUUGAUCCUUAUCAGCUCCCGGUCAGCAGGCGAUGGGUCGAGAAUGACUAUGUCCAAUGGAAGGGAGUACCCGGACUCCACGAAGAAGAAGGGGACGAAGAUGAGAGUGGUGAGGAGGAAGACGAAGAAGAGGUUGAUCUUGACGACGACACUGCAACUGAUGCAGACGACGAUGAAUAAUUUCUCAGCAUCCUGCGAUUAGCGAUUUGCUUGGUUCGGAGUUAGUGGUAUUGAUUUCUAUUAUUGUCUUCCUGGCUUAGCGGGUGGGAAAAAGGAUCACAUGGAAAAUUCUAGCGCUGAGGAUCAAUGCUCUGGAUAGACGCAUUGGAGGCGUUUUGAUAUCGGUACAUUCUGGUACUCGAUUUGUUAGAAUUGUUCAGUGCAUUUACUGCUGGUGGCGGCGCAGAUGGACCUUGAUAUACCAUAGAAUCAGUAGAUCUUGAGAGGACUGGAGUCCUAAGGAAUAAUGGUCGAUACAUGGGAGUGGAAGGCAGCAAUGUAAAUGACUUUCUCACCUGGCAUCGUUCUUUCCUAUCAGGGGCGUCUGCAAGUUGUUCAACUAGCCAACCAGAGCUUUCAGAACUACACCACCACAGCUGGGCACAAUCCAGCUGCAACAGCCUCGAAGCCUGCCUCCAUCAUUGUUGAUCAUUUCUCCCCCGU